AUGUUCAACCAUUUAUUACGUUUCGGUCAGGCACUUUUAGCAACUGGUCAUCGUGUUCGUAUAGCUACACAUGAAACAUUUCGUAAAUUUGUUCGUAGAAAUGGCCUAAAAUUGUUUCCAUUAGCUGAUGAUUCAGCUGAAUUAAUGUCUUUUGCAAUGAAAAAUGCAGAUAUGCUUCCUUCAAAAAGUAGUAUUGCUGCCGGUGAUGUAACAAAAUAUCGUCAAGUCUUCACUGAAAUUCUUGCUUCAACAUGGCGUGCUUGUACUGUUGAAGAUGAUAAAACAGGAAAAUCAUUUAGAGUUGAAACUAUUAUUGCUAAUCCACCAUCCUAUGGACAUAUGCAUUGUGCACAAAAAUUACAAAUUCCUCUACAUAUUAUGUGUACAAUACCAUGGUCACCAACAAAUGUUUUUCCAUAUUCAUUAAUUAAUGUUGAUUAUUCGAAAAAAUCUGUAGAAAAAGUUAAUAUGUUAUCGUAUAGUGCUGUCGAAAUGUUGAUAAGAUUUUUCUUUUUUGAUCAUGAUGCAACUGCUAAUACAAAGCAAUCUGAUGAUCUUAUUAAAUUUCUUGGUCUUAAUGAUUAA